UAUUAUAAAAAUUAAAAAUUAUUAUUUUCAUUAAACAACAAACAUCUUAAAUAAAUAAUUAAUUUCUUUGUUUGAAUCGAUAUUAAUCUAUUAUUUCAUAGUUUGUACUUCAGUGUCGUACUGUCGUAGCCUCAAUAUACGCACAAACCCAACAUGUACUGUCUUCAAUGGUUGAUACCCGUGUUACUCAUACCAAAACCACUGAAUCCUGCGCUAUUGCAGACGCAUGUCAUGUUCAUGGUUCUAUACUUGACAGGAUUCUUUUUGGAACGGAAGCCAUGUACCAUAUGCAGCAUAGUGUUCCUAGUAGCAGUGUUCCUGAUAUGUUACAGUGGGUAUGGAAAUUGUAUAUUCUUCAGCAGCAACUGUGAUUCCGUGCAAUGUGACAACGGUUAAAGAGAAGACGUCGAGAGCCGCUCAUAUCCAUACUCGAAUGGACACACCACUAGUGUUUAGGAGUAUAUUUUAUUUAUUUUUAUUAUUAUUUUUUAUUUUUUAUGAAAUCAAUUACUUAAGUUGACCAAAAUUAAGUUUAUGUAAAAAAAAUAAUGUACAACUCAAAUAUCUUGCCACAUUUUGUUUAUGUAGCUAGUAAUAAGUGGAUUUUGGCACUUUUUACUGUUUGGUUUAUCGAAAUAUAGACUUGUAUAUAUCAUUUUAAA